AGCUCCCUGGGCUUCCUUCUUCUUUUCUCUCGGUACUUCAAUUAGAUUGAGGAAUUCUCACCCAGGAAAACUGCAGCAAUAUUUUGGUUGUUUUUGUUUUGUUUUUAAACGGGACACAGAUGUUAAGGCAGAUGGCUAGUACGUCAGACUCAGGCUGCCUCUGUGUGAAUGCUAUGUUAACAGAAGGCCAAGAGAUGUACUUGCUAUUUGAUCAAACUGCAAGACGCUCUCCAUACAGGAAAAGUAGGAUCCUAGCACGCCAACAACUUCUGACUAAAAUUCAACAGGAGCGUGAAGCAAAAGAGUCCUGUGCUUGGUUACGCGCUGCUGGAUUUCCUCAGUAUGCUCAACUUUAUGAAGAUUACCAGUUCCCUGUUGAUAUUGCUGCUGUGAAAAAAGAUCAUGAUUUCCUUGACAAAGACCUUGUAGAAACUCUUUGUAGACGAUUGAACACACUGAAUAAAUGUGCCUCAAUGAAACUUGAUCUGAACUUUCAAAGAAAAAAGUGUGAAGACUCAGAUGAAGAAGACCUUUGUGCCAUCAGUAAUAAGUGGACUUUCCAAAGAGCAAGCCAGAGAUGGUCUCGAGUAGAAGACUCUGAUCCCUUGAUUCAUCAAUCAGGCAAACAUGACUUUCAAGGGGACAUUAAAAUGAAAAUCACAACCAGCAACGAAAGUGUGCUUACUGAUUUGAGUGAGCCUGAGGUGUCCUCUAUUCACAGUGAGAGCAGUGGAGGAAGUGACCAUAGGAGUCAGUCUGGAAUCACAAGCCUCCUCAGGGAAACUAAUCAUUCAGGACAAUACUGUAUCAAAAACAGUUCUGUGCAAGUCCCCUCUGCAAUUGGUGGUCCUUCUUCCCAGCUUUCAGAAGUCUCUCCCAACUUCAGGAAUGAGAAAACACGAACCAGAGCAAAAACCUUUCUGAAGCGUAUGGAGACAUUAAAACCCAGAGGACAAUCUGGAAAAUUAAAAGGGUCUGGACUGACUAAUCUCUCAGUCAUUGGUACACCUGUUCUGCAGCAUGAGCCCAGAAUCUUAAAGGAAAUGCAAUGUGUGCAAGUAGAAAAUGGAGACUUCCAAAAUAAAACAGUUGUACUCCAAGAUCCAGUCAGACAAGGAUCUCCAUUUUCAGCCAAUUGCAGCAGUGAAAACAGCCAACUGGAGAUUAACAACAGCACCAUAAGCACUCCUUCCUUAAAAGAACGCAAACACCAUGAAGCAAAUAAACGGGGUGGCAUGUACCUAGAAGAUCUAGAUGUUCUUACAGGAUCAACACUGAGACAGGUGAUAGAUCAAAGCUGCAAAAAUGAAUUUCACUCCCAAGAAAACCUAAUAUUUCAUAUUCCCAAAGACCACAAACCAGGAACAUUUCCUAAGGCACUUUCCAUUGAAAGUCUCUCGCCUACAGACAAUGUCCUGAACUGGAAGAGAGACAGUGUUUCAUUAACCAACAAGACAUCUAAAGAACACAAACCCCUUGUUUCCUGUUCAAAGGAAAGUAGAGUUAGCAUUUAUGACAAUGUUCCAAGUUCUCAUCUAUGUGCCAGCACAGGAGAUCUUCUGGAUCUGGAAAGGGAAAAUCUUUUUCCUCAUUUGGAUGGUAUCUUGCAACAUGUCAAUGGACUUCAGGAAUAUAUUGAUGACUGGUCAAAAAAUGUAUUACCAGAACAAAAAAAGAAUGCUUUAUCCAUUGGUGAAUUUGAGUCAUUAUCAUGUCAGUCACCAAGUAAAAUUUCUUUAGAGUUUGAACAGAACUCAGUGUCUGAUGGCCAUACAACCCCAAGUGAUAUUGACCAAGACGGGGCAUCUCUCAAUGAAUCAGAAGCUCCUGGUGUCAGAGAAAGAAGAGACUCUGGUGUUGGAGCAUCCCUUACCAGACCAAGCAGGCGAUUACGUUGGCACAGUUUCCAUAUCUCUCACCAACUUAGCCAUACCCUAGGAUCACUCCAGAUCAGCAAUCAGUCAGCUGCUCAGCUAAAUCUGCUACAAAAAUUUUCCCUGCUCCGUCUUACAGCAAUUAUGGAAAAAUACUCCAUGUCAAACAAGCAUGGUUGGACAUGGUCUGUACCGAAGUUCAUGAAAUGGAUGAAGGUUCCAGAUUACAAGGAUAAGAAUAUAUUUGGUGUUCCUUUAAUAGUCCAUGUGCAAAGAACAGGGCAACCCCUUCCACAGAGCAUACAACAAGCCUUGCGAUAUUUGCGUAAUAAUUGCUUGGAUCAGGUGGGCCUUUUUCGUAAGUCAGGCGUGAAAUCAAGAAUACAAGCACUGCGUCAGAUGAAUGAAAGCUCUCCUGAAAAUGUCAGCUAUGAAGACCAGUCUGCAUAUGAUGUAGCAGAUAUGGUGAAGCAGUUUUUCCGAGAUCUGCCUGAACCUCUUCUCACAAGCAAGCUGGGAGAAACUUUUCUCCACAUCUAUCAAUAUGUUCCAAAAGAACAACAGCUUCGGGCAGUUCAGGCUGCCACAAUGCUGAUGUCAGAUGAAAAUCGGGAGGUUUUGCAGACCUUGCUCUGCUUCUUGAAUGAUGUCACUUCUGUGGAAGAGAAUCAAAUGACUUCUAUGAAUAUAGCAGUGUGUCUGGCCCCUUCUCUUUUUCAUCUCAACAUCAUCAAGAAAGAAAGCUCGCCACGAGUAAUGCAAAAGAAGUACACAACGGGGAAGCCAGAUCAGAAAGAUCUCAGUGAAAAUCUGGCAGCUACUCAGGGACUGGCACACAUGAUCACCGAGUGCAAUAGACUUUUUGAGAUUCCACAUGAGAUAUUUUGCCAGUCUCGGAACUCUUACAUUGAGGCUGAAGUACAUUCUCCAACUUUGGAGGAUCUGGGCAAGCAAAUGGAUGAAGAAAAUGGGAAUUACCAGACCUACAUAGAAAGCCUAAUACAGAAUCUUUGUAAAGAUGCUAAGGACAAAUUCAAAGGAUGGGUCACCUGUUCCAGCCUGGAAAAUACAGACCUCUGCUACAAAAAAGUUGGAGAUGGAAAUCCAUUAAGACUAUGGAAGGCAUCCACAGAAGUCGAGGCUCCUCCAUCAGUUGUCUUGAACCGUGUGCUAAGAGAAAGGCAUCUUUGGGAUGAUGAUUUCUUGCAAUGGAAAAUAAUAGAAACCUUGGAUAAGCAGACUGAGAUCUAUCAGUAUGUUUUGAAUAGUAUGGCUCCACAUCCAACUAGAGAUUUUUUAGUUCUCAGGUCCUGGAGAACAGAUUUGCCUAAGGGGAUGUGCGUGCUAAUGGCUAUCUCUAUAGAACAUGAAGAAACUCCUUUGAUGGGGGAUGUGCGAGCAGUUGUCCUGGAUUCCCAAUAUUUGAUAGAACCUUGUGGCUCUGGAAAAUCUCGACUGACACACAUCUGCAGGAUUGACCUCAAAGGUCAUUCAUUAGACUGGUACAAUAAAGGCUUUGGACAUCUGUGUUUAGCUGAAGUGGCUAAUAUCCAAAAUUCAUUUCAGCCUCUGAUUGCUGAGGGACCAGAAACUAAAAUCUGAAAGAUGGGGAGCCUGCAUGUAUAAAAUGCCAUGCAUACCUGACAACCACUGGAUUUACGUCUUUGUUUGCAUGCCAGCUAAAGAAGAGCUGCUUGGAAAAAUCUGCCAUUAUCUCAAUUUAUUAAUUUCCAUCACUGAAGAACCCUUUUUUCACUGCUACUUUUUUCUGACUUUAACAGUAAACUUAUGUCCUGUAUAGUUUUGAUAUUUAAAAGCUUCUAGGAAGCUUGUUUUAAAGUGUUAAUAUGUAAUUACGGUAUUAUUAUACAAUAUAAAUAUUGUAUAUCUUUUGUUAUGUAUAAUAUGUGUAUAUAUUUACAUCUAUCCCUUUAUAGAUAGAUACUGCUAUACAAAAAGAAAUUCAAUAUAUAAACUAAAGUGUUCUGGGGAAAAAUUCACCUGCUUGGAAUUUAUUUUCACUUUGUUAGACCCCCAAUAUACCCUAGCUUAAAUUAACUGCAUUUACUAUCUUUAUAAGAUAGUAAUUUCUAAUUUCUUAUGUGUCUCGUGUUAAGAACUCUGCCUGUUUUAGUGUUUGCACUAUUUCUAAACCGAUACAUGUAAAAGAAGAGGAUACUUCCCUUAGCUUAAUUUGGUACCUU